ACGAAGGAAGUGAUGACAGCAUUGCCAGUGUUCAGACAACUGUUAAUCAAACUGUGGAUGAAAGCAUAUCUACAACAAAAGAUAGUACAACUACACUUAGCACUCAUAAAGAUAGCACACAAGGAAAAAUAAAAAAACAGUGGAAAAAAACCACAAGCCGAAAACGAAAAAUAGAGGAAACCGACGGACAAUUGGAUAAGUCGACUGCAAGUCUCAAUGAAAGCAUUAAACUACAAGAAAGUUCCAUGAAACGUGCAGAUAAACAAGAAAUGGAUGAGGAUUAUAUGUAUUGCAUGAGCCUGGGGAAUAGGAUGAGAAAGUUAGACGAAAAGAACAAGGCAGUUGUCCGAAGCGCAACAGAGAAAAUAUUUUUGGAUAUUCAGUUUGGUAACUACAAUAAUCUCACUAUGCAAAAUCCGAUGCAGUUUACCACGCAACAACCCCUAAUUCAAUCCAGUUCACAAAAUUUGCUGGGUAAUUAUCUGUGGACAGCAUCUAACAAUCCAUUUCCAGCACAGAAUGAUCAACAAUUUGCAUGA